UUACUACUCAUCACUCACCAAUUUUGAGUCCUAUAUUUUCUCAUUCACAACAUCGAUACACUCACUCAACACAUUCAACUUUCUUCAACCUUCAAUACCCAUAUUUAUUUUCAGAUCUACACACCCUUUUACCAGCAAAAAUAAAAAACCCUAAUAAUUUUGUAACACAUUGAUGAACCCAGAAUUUGGAUAAUGAAAAAGUAACAUCUUUGGAAGAUUCACAAUGAUGGGUUUCAACCCAUCAAAAAUGGGUAGUAGUAGAAACUUGUAUGAAUCAACAGAGAAAAAAAGGGUUCCAACAAGAGUCUGGUUAAGCUUCCAAAUUUCAAUGGCUGUCCUCGUGGGUGGAAACCAUACAUCAUCCAGGUUUUGUACUCGCUAAAUUCUUCUCUCUUUCUCCUUUCUGGCUUUCAAAUUUCUCUCUCAAACGCAAUCUUUUGUAGUUUGUUCCUCAAAGUUCUUGUCUUUUUGACAAAAACCUCAAAAAAGACCUAAACUUGAAAAAUUCAUGGAUACAAAAACCAUGAAAUUUCAGAUCCUUAAUGGAUCAAUUGUUCGACGAGUUUUUCUUCGAACAAUCGUGCUUGCUUCCACCAUUUCAAUGGUUGCUCUUCUUCACUCUCUAUCAGAUUUCGAAUUGGGAAAUUUGGUACCCUUUGCAACCAAUUUCAACUGUUUUUCAGAUUCGGAAAACGUCACUUCAAACCCUAGUUCCUAUUUGUUUCAUAAUCGUAUUUGGGGUUACAUGAAUUGUGAAAAAGAUGUUAACUUGACAGUGAAAGUUGUAACUGAGCUAAUGGGUAAGCAGUUUUUGAACUGUGAAGCAAAUACCCUUUGUGUUGGUGAAGGUUCAUCGAUGGCUGUUAAAGCAAUGAAACAGUUGGGUUUUUCAACUGUUAGUGGUGUUUACAGACACCAUUUUUUCUCCCUCAAGCAGAAGAGGAUCGUUUAUGAGUUAGAUUAUCAAGACUCUUCAUUUGAUUUCGUUUUGUCUAGGGAUCUUGAUAAGGUUUCUGUCCCUGCUUUGCUUGUUCUUGAGGUUGAGCGUGUUCUUAAGCCUAAUGGAAUUGGUGCACUUCUUGUUGAUGCCAAAAGUUCACACCCAAAUGAUUUGAUUAGAUCAGCUACACCAGUUUCAUCAUUGUUGAGAUCUUCUAGUGUUAUCCAUGUUGAUUCUAUUGAUGAACUUAACCUUGUUGUUUUCCAAAAAAGAUCUGAAAAUGCAACUUCUUUCAACCACCAUCAGCAUAGUUUACCAGCUGAUUGUUCUAGUUUAACCUUCACAAAACCUCUCAUAGAUCUAAUGGAACCUCUUGUGAUUGAUAAACCGUCUACCGUGAUGCCGGUUUCCUAUUUGCCUAAGUUUGUAGAUGUUUCUACUAGGAAGAGGUUGGUUUAUAUUGAUAUUGGAGUAGGAGAGCUUUUGAAUGCAAAUGUUAGUGACUGGUUCUUGCCUUCAUAUCCAAUUGAUCAAAAAGCUUUCAAUGUGUAUUUUGUUCACUACAACACUUCCAUAAUGUUGUCUUAUAUGAAGAGACCAGGUAUCACUUUUGUUUAUCACCCUGGUUUAGCUGGUACGGUCCAUGUUGAGGAUGGUAGUACUGUCACAGAUGAAGAGCUGGAUCCUUUUGUUGGUGAGGAAGAGUUUCAAUUCCCUGCAUGGUUCAAAGAAACUGUGCAAUAUGCUGAUUUUGUUGUCUUGAAGAUGAAUGUUGGAGAAGUUGAACUCAAGUUCUUAAAUGAUAUAUUUGAAAAUGGAGCUAUAUGCUUUGUUGAUGAAUUGUUUCUUAGAUGUCCUGAAAAAAGUGAUGGUGAUAAAACUAAUGCUGUGACAAGCAAGCAAAGUUGCAUGGAUAUUUAUAAAAGUCUCAGAAGCAGUGGUGUCUAUGUGCAUCAACUGUGGGGAGACUGAAUUGCAUGCAUACAAGACCUUAAAUGUUUAGCUUAUGGUGAUCAUUGUGUGAAAUAAAUUAUGUGUUUGAUGUAUUUGGACUAUAGUCCAACUAUCUUGUGUGUUGUUGUUGAGAGGUUAUGUAGGAUGCUAAUGACAUCCAAGUGCUUUAUGGUUGAGUGCUUAAUACUAAAUAAACAACCAUUGUUGUUCUGGUUUGCUAGUAAAACAUAUGUGGCUUCUUAUGAUGCUCUUUUUCCUA